CUAAGCACUAACGGUCGACACCACAGGCGUAUGUCACUGCACGCACCAGCCGUACCACACGGGUCCGGCACAUGAAAACGUGGCACCACCGGCUGCCAAAAUUAACCUGCAGCCCCCAAUGCACGGGUAGGCUUGGCGACUAUUAAUAUCCUUCUCCAAGAUGUGGAGCUUAUAGAUGAAUUUGGAGGCUCUGCGGCUCAUCUGAUUCGGCCUCGCCAAUUGUUAUGCCUAUAUAGCAGCACAAUUCCCAGCCCCACGCCUUCCACCCACCACCCGAUGCUUUGAACCAUGGACAAGCUUUCCACCACCCCCCGGUCCUCCUCUAGGAGAGCGUGGGCGAACCUCACCACCGUCGUCCUCGUGCUCCUCGUCCUUCCUUACCUCUGGCACCGUACCCACAACCCCACCACCUUCCUUCCCAAACUCCACUCCACAGCCUCCAGCUCCAACAAGUGCUCCCAGUACUUUGCCCAUCUUGUGGCCAGCGAUCCUGCCAUCGACAUCGCCCACCACGAACUCCCCUCGGCCAUGGCGUCGUUGAGAAUCUUCGCCCACUGUUACCUCGAUAACGACCAGCUGCCCCUACCACCCGGGCUUGAGGCCAAGAUAAUCCCAUUCCUUCAACCCCAGCUCCCCCACCACUUCACACGAAACGGUUCCGCACUGCUCCGGGAAGUUCCCCCUCAUGCACUGAUAUGGCGGACAUUUCGCACCCAGAUGAAAGGUAAGGGCAUUGUUAUUGGAUGUGAUCGCAACGACCAAUUGGCGCUGAUCAUCGCCUUGCUCAACGUCUUGGACGCCUUGGGCAACGAACUCCCCAUCCAGAUUGUCCACUCGGUAGAUGUGCCUCACGAUGAAGUACACGCAGCGGCCACUAACCUGAACCAGCAGGUAUGGUUUGUCAAUGCAUCCAGUGUGACAAAGCAGCCACUCUCUAUCAGAACAGUAGCCACCAUAAUAAACUCGUUUGAGGAAAUGAUCUACAUGGACCCAGCUUCAGUUCCAUUAGUGGCCCCAGCCAUGCUUUUUGAUACCCAAAGAUAUGUCGACACAGGCCUCUUGUUCUUCAAGGACAAGAAAGAAGUCCCCAGCUACCUCGCCAGGUCCUACAAAGGGCUCUACACCAGUUUGUUGCCCACCAGCGAAGAAAAAGCAAUUUUUGGUACACGGCAACUUGCAUCUAUUUGGAACAAGAUUAGCACAACCCACAAAAAUGGUACCCACUCGCCCCAGCACGAAGUAAGCAUAUUUGAAAGUAAUUUCAGAAGCGUCGUUUCCGACGGCUUAUUCGUGAUUAACCGAUCCGAGCACUUUAUGGGACUGAUCAUUGGGGCAGCUCUUGAAUUGUGGGGGAAAAACCACAGUCAUCAACCAAAGGAGCUCUUGUGGUUGGGCCAUGUAAUAAGCGGAGGUAUUUCCCCUGCCAGCGUGGCCAAAUCAUUCAAUUAUUACUAUUCUGCAAUUCCUGGAACGAUUGCAACGAAUAAGCUAUCAUUAUCGGUUUGCGGGUCAACCCAGUUCCACUUCAGCGAUGAGGACCAAGAGGUCGAAAGCCCCACUGCAUUAUGGGCAUCGGGGCUGUUGCAACAAGCACAGUUGGACGAGUUGGAGGGGUCAAUUAUUCCCUCCGACUAUCCGUUCAGAGAUGCUACGAACGAUAACAACCUUUCUUGUAUCUUCAUUGCCAAAUCCUCCAAUGAAGACACCUACAAGUAUUCUGGGGUGAAACAAGCACAACGGAGGUCACAGAGAUUGAUUAAAUUCACCCCAGAAGAGUUGGCCCAUUUUCGCCAUGUUAUGCAUGCUUGGGCCAGCCAUGAGCACGUAAUGUAGGACAAAUAUUAUAGAGAUGAAAGCUUGCACCCAUCUGUAGGAAGAGGUAUUGCACCUUUUAAUUGACUAAUUGGGAACAAAAACGUGGGGGACCUAGAGAGUAUGGUAGCGAGAGACACAAGGCGGCCCCCAACGCAAGAUUUGUCGCUAAUAGCGAUGUACAAUCCUGUGGCUCGUAAAAGUAUAAUCUUGCAUAUGUACGAGUAAUGCCUUACGCAAUCACGAAUAUUUUUGCACUGUUAGGUGUCAAGUCCGCCCCUUUUUGAUAGCCAUGUGCAGAAAAUGCCGCCUGUUGGGCUAAGAAUGUGCAUGUGGC